ACAAAAAAGUCCGGCAGACACUGGCCAUAACCUAUCCGCCUGUAGCCUCCCCUUCCCCGGGACUCAGUGAGCCCUUCCUCCCGGUGGGUCCCCCGUGUAGUUACCAUGUAGUUCUUAUCAAAGCCCUCCUGUCUUGUUGUGACAGCUCUGAUAUUGUUUAUUGAGGUGGAUGUCAGCUUUAAUUAGCAAUCGAUACGGGGAGCGUCUGCAGAGCGCGCGCCUCUGACGUCAGAGCCCAUUACGGCCUCUCAUUGGGCCCCGCGCUCCCGGAGCCAGGGCUAAUUAUUGGGGAGGUUCGCGUGGAUAAAGUACAGCUCAUCCCUCCCCUCCACAUCAUGUCCCCUGCUCGCUGGCCACGCUCGCUGCAUGCUUUUUAAAAUCCCCAUCGCCGGCCUCCAGACGUCGUUUCCCCCUCCGCCUGCAGCGGGAUGAUGGACAGCAGGAUACUGGAUCCGCCUCACGCCCAGUUCGGGGGCUCUCUCGGCGGGAUGGUGGGCUUCCCGUACCACCUGAGCCACCAUCACGUUUACGAAUUAGCCGGGCAUCAACUCCAGUCGGCGUCCGCGGUUCCCUUCUCAAUAGACGGAUUACUAAAUGGCUCCUGCGCGGCGUCCGUGGGCAAUUCCAACCCCCUCUUGUCUUCGGGCUGCGGGAUGAAUGGAGAUAACCAGUACAAACUGACAGACUCGGUGGACCCAGACAAAGAUAGCCCCGGUUGCAAGAGGCGGAGGACCCGCACAAAUUUCACGGGCUGGCAGCUGGAGGAAUUAGAGAAGGCUUUUAACGAGAGCCACUACCCGGACGUGUUCAUGCGGGAGGCUCUGGCUCUGCGGCUGGACCUGAUAGAGUCGAGGGUUCAGGUAUGGUUCCAGAACCGCAGAGCCAAGUGGAGGAAGAAAGAGAACACGAAGAAAGGUCCGGGUCGACCCGCGCACAACGCCCACCCGACCACCUGCAGCGGGGAGCCCAUGGACCCGGAGGAGAUCGCCCGCAGGGAGCUGGACCGGAUGGAGAAGAAGAAGCGGAAGCAGGAGCGCCGGCUGCUCAAGGCCCAGAACAAGCUCGCGUCCGGGGAUUUAUUUCACACGCCGGGGUCGGACAGCGACAGCGGGGUGUCGCACGUGACCGACAGUGACCACGCCACGGGCCCGCCUUACGACCCGGUGGGGCCGGCGAGCCAGACGCAGUCGAGCUGCGAGCAGACGUCGCCUCCCCCUCACCCUCACCCGCUCCACAACCACAACCACAACCAAAGACUGCUGGACCCUCGGGACCCUCGGGACCCUCGGGACGCGGGCGGCUCCGACCUGGACUCGCCCGACGCCAGCCAGCGGACACUGUGCUCCAGCAGCACCAGGGGCUCCGGGCUGCAGAAACUCAACCCCUUCAGCGUCGAGAGCCUCCUGUCGGACGCCCGACCGAGACGCAGCCCCGCGGCCUUACCCUCCUCGCGGCCCUUGAUGGGGAAGGGACACUUCCUGCUCUACCCCAUCACGCAGCCGCUCGGAUUCAUUGUUCCUCAGACUGCUCUGAAGACGACAUCGUCACCGUCAUCGUCGUCGUCAUCAUCAUCGUCGUCGUCGUCGUCGUCGUCAGCAGUGAACUGUGACACGCCGGCGGAGAGGAGCCAGCCCGGCGGCGGCCGCUGCGGCGUCUCUGCGGGAUGUAGGAGCAGCUCGCCGGACCCCGCCGCGGACGCCGUCCCGCCAAAGCGGGGACACGCCGCGGGGUCAGGGGACGGCGCGGGGUCACCGCACACCAGCCCGCCCGGGGCCGCCUUUUCCGCGGGCCAAGCCGGCGCGCACGCCUUGGUGCUUUGCGGCGAUUCGACUUUGGGCCCCCACGAACCCCGUCCGCGGCCCGGGACCGAGCCUGCAGCCGCCGCGGACAGACAAGUGCAUUUAGAGACCGAGGACCAGGCCCAGUCUGUCCCCGGCGACAGCGAAACAAAGACAGACUCAAAGGAAGAUGUCGACAUGGAAUAAAAUCUCUGGGGGUAAAGACAAAACAAAAUAAUAAUAAUAAUAAUAAUAAUAAUAAUGCAGAAACAUAUUGAUAUAACCUCUAAACGACACCAUUCAUUAGGCCAAAGCUUCACCAGAAACCACAUCUACACCCCCCCCCCCCUCUCUCACACACACACACACACACACUCUGCUGAUAUUUUGAUAAUGGUGUGAUCACUCUCUCUCUCCAUCCAUCUACCCUCUCUCUUUGCAAGUGUGUGUGUGUGUGUGUGUGUGUGAGAGAGAGAGAGAGUCAGGAGUCUCUAGAUAUCCUUUAAUGUGUGAUGAACUUGUCAAAAAAAUAAAACAAAUCACAAGACCCUGA